GCGCCCGACAGGUGAAGGUGACGAGGUUAGGAGCUGCAGCAGGGGAGACCCCCCCUUCGCUCUCCGCUAUGUUGGGGGCUCAGACCUUGCGCCUCCGUCCGAUUUGCACCCAGGCUCGCUUUUUUUCCGCCGCCGCUGCUCCGGAAUCGGCACCCCCAAAGAAAACUCAGUUUGGUCCGCUCAAAGAUGAGGACCGCAUUUUUACUAAUCUUUAUGGACGUCAUGAUUGGAGGUUGAAAGGGGCUUUGAGCCGAGGUGACUGGUAUAAAACCAAGGAAAUCCUGCUGAAGGGUGUUGAUUGGAUCUUGAAUGAAAUAAAGACUUCAGGCCUGAGAGGUCGUGGAGGAGCUGGCUUUCCAACUGGCCUCAAGUGGAGCUUUAUGAAUAAGCCUCCAGAUGGCAGGCCUAAGUACUUGGUAGUGAAUGCAGAUGAAGGGGAACCAGGCACUUGUAAGGAUCGGGAGAUUAUGCGUCAUGAUCCCCAUAAGCUAAUAGAGGGCUGCCUAGUCGCAGGAAGAUCUAUGGGGGCUCGAGCUGCCUAUAUCUAUAUACGUGGAGAGUUCUACAAUGAAGCAUCAAAUUUGCAGGUGGCAAUUAAGGAGGCCUAUGAAGCAGGACUGGUGGGCAAGGAUGCUUGUGGCUCUGGCUACGACUUUGAUGUCUUUGUAGCAAGAGGGGCAGGUGCCUAUAUUUGUGGUGAAGAGACUGCACUUAUUGAAUCCCUUGAGGGCAAACAGGGCAAACCCCGCCUCAAGCCUCCUUUCCCUGCAGAUGUAGGGGUGUUUGGGUGCCCUACCACAGUGGCAAAUGUGGAAACAGUUGCGGUAGCACCUACAAUCUGCCGUCGAGGAGGUACCUGGUUUGCUGGCUUUGGACGUGAGCGUAACUCUGGCACUAAGCUCUUCAAUAUCUCAGGCCACGUCAAUAACCCUUGUACUGUGGAAGAGGAGAUGUCAAUACCAUUGCGUGAUUUAAUUGAACGACAUGCAGGCGGCAUUAGAGGUGGCUGGGAUAACUUGCUCGCUGUGAUUCCUGGGGGUUCUUCAACUCCGCUCAUCCCCAAGUCAGUAUGUGAGACAGUUCUGAUGGACUUCGAUGCCUUAGUGGAGGCACAGACUGGGCUUGGGACAGCAGCUCUCAUUGUCAUGGACAAAUCGACAGAUAUAGUUCGAGCCAUUGCCCGCCUAAUUGAAUUUUACAAGCACGAAAGUUGUGGGCAGUGCACACCUUGCCGAGAAGGUGUUGACUGGAUGAACAAGGUCAUGUGGCGAUUUGUGAGAGGCAAUGCACAAGUGGCAGAAAUUGAUGCACUCUGGGAAAUUAGCAAACAAAUUGAAGGUCACACUAUCUGUGCCCUGGGAGAUGGGGCUGCUUGGCCUGUGCAGGGUCUAAUUCGUCACUUCCGUCCAGAACUGGAGGAACGGAUGAGGCAAUAUAAUGAAUCUAAAAAGCAGGCAUCUGGAUGAACAGUUAUAACGCCCACCUCAAAGAAGUUACACUGUUCAAAUAAUCUUUUCUAGCCCACAUGUACCUUUGCUUGGGCUUCAGUAACAGAGUUUAAUUUCUAUUAUUUGUGACAACCUGCCUCAACUACCAGUUUUUCUUUUUUGCUUUCUUCUUGGGCAGUUUAUUAAAUACUUUAGACUGA